UGAAAACAAACCCCGACAUUUGGCCUCGGGUAACUCAGUUUCUUUUUGACUCGCUUUUUGUGGUGGGGAGGGUCUGCCAAGGUCACGAAGCUAAGCCAGGUCUCCCAAGACUGGAGAUUGGAUUAGUGGGAAUAACUGAGAUAUGCCCCUUAUCCUCACCCACCCAACAAUGCUGAGGCUAAAAAGGUCAUAGAGACAAUGGUGACAUCACAAAAUUACCCUCCUCUGUUGACCCACAGGAGGAUGAGGUCUAGAGCUAACAGCUGUGGACAGCAAACAUUGAAGAUCAUACAUUACAAACUACAAAAAAGACUGUUGGACUAAUGCAGGAUCUCUGCUCCCUAAGGUCCUGCCUCCCACAUGUCUUCUUUAAUGGCACGCCAUGUUGGCUUAGGACGAGGGAAGAUGUUAAACCCCAAGCUGUCCAGUUUCUCAGGAGGAGGCGACUACGGCAAAGGACUUUUUGACAGGGAGAUAGGACCCCUGCAGAGCCAACUCCGCCUAGGGGAAUAUGACUUACUCAAGCUGGCCCCUAUGUUGGAAAGUGACUUCGUACAGGUCAGCAAGCGAGGAGAGGUGAUUGAUGUACAUAACCAAGUCCAGACGGUGACUGUCGGUGUCGCCUGCACAAGCUCUGCCCUGCAGAUCCCUAACGUGUUGCUUUUGGCUCGCCCCAUUUUCGCCCCUGAAGAGACCUCACCAAAGUUGAAACCCUUGCUCCGCCAUCAUACAGCACCAAAAAGUUUUGAGCUCACCAGGCUUCUUCCUCUGCAUUUUGUCAAGAUCUCAAUCCACAAUGCGGAGAGGAGGCAGCUGCGAUUCAAGCUGGCCAGCGGCCGCACCUUCUACUUGCAACUCUGUCCCCAGCCUGGCCUGCAAGAGGACGUCUUCCUAUUGUGGGUCAAGGUGGUCCACAUGCUACGCCCACCCUCGGAAACAAUAUCUGAGUCAGAAGAGAAGCUCAAGGACCCUGGAGGACAUGGGGAGGCUGUGACUCAAGGGCCACAGAGCCUGGCAUCCUUCAACUCAGAAGACAAAGUGAGCAUUCACAGUGUGUACUCAGCUUCCGAAGCAUUCAGCGAGGCAAGGGACAGGCACGAUAUGGCCUCCUCCUUUGGGAGCCCAGCCACCUCCCGACCCCCCAGCCACUCCCUACUUCUUAGCCCCUCUCCGGCCACCAGUGAAGAAAGGGAAUCUGAGAUCGCCAGCUCCUCGCUCUUAGUGGAUGUGCGGCUAGAGCAGCCUUUGGAGCGUCCUCCCAGUCGUAGGAGCCACGGCAGUGAGAAGAAGGAGGCUGGAGAGCCUUCCUCCAGCAGGGUAAACAAUAAGAGCAGCAGGGCCAGCAGAAGCAAGUCUUCCCGAAGAGCAAGUGGCCGAAAGCCCAGCAAGAUUGUUUCCCUCAUCAGAUCUUGCUCUUGGGGGAGCCGGAAGAAAGGGAGCAAAUCCCGGAGCAAAGGAAAGAAACGCUGAGUGUAUCCAAAAGGGAAAUGAAAGUGCAGGAGCCUCUUCUUCACCUGAUGUUAGUAAAGUGAUUGGUUAUAAAAACAA